CUCCGCGAGCCUCCCCACGAGCGCGGCAGCAGUAGUUGCGCGGAACGCUUUCUCGCGCCCUAACAAUAGAGUGGUAAGUACCAUUAUCACGGAAGAUAACGGGGACAUUUUCCUGAGAAUAAAGCUCAUUUCACGCUCGUCGCUUUGGAAAUAACAUCUUUGUCGCAUGUGGAAAAACUGACGGAUGUUUUCUUUUUGCUACGAAACCUGUUGUUAGUUUCAGCGGACCCGGUUUGUCGCUAUUUCAAUUAACAUCAACCCCGAGGAUUCCCUUUGGAAAAAAGGCAGCUGGGUUGUUCUCCGCCGCCGCCUCUUCCAGCAGGAGUACAUUUGAUAUCAGAGACAGUACAAUCAUGGAUCCGAGCCGGGGAUUUAAAUUCUUGGACACGGUGGCAUGCUCUGCUGCGGAGUAAGGAUGGAAAACAAAUAAGAGGAAUUUUAACAAACGUAUCAGGUAGCGGUGUCGCAGCAGAAGGAUGCCGCUGGUGAAGCGCACCAUCGAGCCCAGGCACCUGUGCCACACGGUGCUGCCAAGGAACAUCAAGAAUGAGCUGGAGUGUGUGACUAACAUCUCUUUGGCCAACGUCAUACGCCAGCUCAGCAGCCUCAGUAAAUAUGCAGAGGACCUGUUUGGAGAGCUGUUCAACGAGGCCCAUACCUUCUCUUUCCGGGUCAACUCCCUGCAGGAGCGCGUGGACCGCCUCUCCAUCAGUGUCACACAGCUGGACCCCAAAGAAGAGGAAUUGUCUCUUCAAGACAUCACCAUGAGGAAGGCUUUCAGGAGUUCCACUAUUCAGGACCAGCAGCUUUUUGACCGCAAGUCGCUGCCCAUCCCUCUGCAGGAGACCUUCCAGACAUGCGAACAGCCGCCACCGCUCAACAUCCUCACGCCCUACAGGGACGAUGGGAAGGAGGGUCUGAAGUUCUACACCAAUCCAUCGUACUUCUUUGACCUGUGGAGGGAGAAGAUGCUGCAGGACACAGAGGACAAGAGGAAGGAGAGGCGGAAACAGAAGCUGGAAAUGCCUUAUCUUGUGUGUCCCAAUGGCCUCAUAAGAGUGCUCUCUGAAACCCCUUCUCCUUUCCUCACUCCCCCAGAGUUGCAGGACCCCCGCAUGUAUGAUCAGGUCUAUAGGUACUUAGACCUUCCAGGGCAGCUCAAAGCGAUAGACCGUCCACAGGAGCCGGAGAAGGUACCGCGGGCGCCUCACGAUCGUAAAAAGGAGUGGCAGAAGCUGGCACUGGGUGCAGAGCUCGCUCAAGACAUACCCGAAGACAAACACAGAGAGGCCAACGGGUCUGCAGGUUACCACGACAACAGGGCUCCCUUGUACAUGGAACAUUUGGACGGGCCCUUCUCGCUGGCGGCGCUGCCCUACACCCAGAUGAACGAGCUGCUGAACCGUACCGGGGACAGAAUGUAUUCACGGCCCCAUGACCCUCCACCGCCUCCACCUCUCAUGCACCCACUGGGAGAGAUCAAGCCACCCUCUGUGAUCAGCUCCAGCUCGGGUUUUUCCGACAGCAGACCCCAGUCUCCAGCCCGGACAGCAGGCCUCAACUCCAACACUCCUCCUCCACCACCUCCCCCUCUUCCCCCUCCACCUCCCCCGUUACCCUCAAUAGGCAUGCGGGGCACCCCUCCUCCUCCCAUUCCUCCUCUACCAAUCCAGCAGCAGCUCCCGGCCAUCCCGCCUCCGCCUGCUCCUCUCCAGAUCGCCCCGGGGGUGCUUCACCCGGCCCCGCCACCGGUGGCGCCUCCUCUUCAUUCCUCCUCCCCGGCCCGUCUCCAACAGGUCCUGGAGAGGGGCCAACCCAUAGGCUCUGGGACCCAGUCGGACGGCAGCAUCCUGCCUCCUCCCCCACCACCUCCUCCUCUACCCCUCCCUGGAGCAAGAAGCUCCUCGCCCUGUCUGUCAGGCCCGCCACCUGUGCCGGCCUUCCCCUCAGCAGGAGCCAUGGCCUCUCCGCCGCCCCACACCCUCCACGAUGUGGGGACAAAGAGGCACCAUCCAGCCAAUCUGCCACCCAUCAGCGAUGCGCGCAGCGUCCUGUUGGAAGCCAUUAGAAAAGGCAUACAGCUGCGGAAAGUGGAGGAGCAGCGAGAGCAAGAGGCUAAGCACGAGCGCGUGGGCAAUGACGUGGCCACCAUCCUGUCACGCCGCAUCGCCGUGGAGUACUCUGACUCCGAGGACGAGUCCGAGUUCGAUGAAGGAGACUGGAUGGAGUGAUGUUGAUGGAAGAGAUGUAAAAAAAAGAAAAAGAAAAAAGAAAAAGCAGCGUUGGUGGCAGAGGACAAACGUGUUCAGGUGUCCCCCCAACCCCCAAGCCCUGCACUCCACACCUCGCCAUCAAAGAGUCCUUUCUACUCUGGGAAGGAUCCAAACAUCUUUGUCGCCCACUUUUCCUCUGUCGAGCUUCUUUUUUUUUUUUUAUCUCGUCAUAUCUCUGUCUCGUUGUGGUUUGAGUUCGGAGAGAAAUCUCCAGGUUUCUCUCAUCUGUCUCUCUAGCGUCUCCGGGAGAAGUUUUUCCAUUCAUUCUUUUCUGCACUACCACACGUACUUGUUUCUGCUGGAUUUCUUGUGAUGAAAUCCCCCAUGUUUACUAUUGUUAUACAUGAAAAUAACUUUUUUGAGAAACCACUUGUUUUUGUUUCUUAUCUGUACGUCGAUGUUAAAAAAAAAACUAAAAAAAACCAACAACAAAAAAAAAAAUCAAACAAAAGAAAAUAGAAAAAGGAAAAAAUGAAGGCAUGUUGCAUUUAUCCUGAGUUCUCCAGCACCGUUUUGCCACCUGGUGGCCGAACAUGGCAUUGAAUGAAUGCUGUUUUAUUUUAUCGUCUAUUUCUUUUAAUUUACUCUUUUAUUUCCUGAUGAAACAUUUGCGGUUUUAACAUGGGGCCAGUAGUUGCUGAUACUGACCGCUUACAUGAACAAUCACUCAGCGCGAACACCAGCUGGGUCGUCUUUUGUUUUUCUCUCUCGUUAUCAGGA